GAAUUUUUUUGUUUCAAGAUCGAAUUGCAAAUUAGAGAAACUCGUUCGAAUAAAUAAUGGAAAAAUACAAAAAUGAGCUGGAGAUAUUCAAAAGAAUGUACUUCAAAAAUUAUCCAACAUCAUCGAAAGACGAGGAGGCGGCGGCGGUUAUUCAAAAAGGCGGGGAGUUUAUCCAGGAAAUCCUUCCAACCAUAAUCUCAACUUCCCGCGCGUAUGACACAAAUCAGAAGGCACUUUUACUUGCGGAAGGGGGAAAAAUGUACAACGUACUGGAGGAUUACAAUGAAACCGCCGAGAAAAUGCUCAGCAAAUCUGUUAGAAUGAACCCGAAAAAUGCAGACGCCUGGCACGAACUUGGCCUAUGCGUUAUGAAACGACGGGAUUUGGAGUUUGCGCAAUCCUGCUUCAAGAUUGCUCUCGGAAUAUCAAAAACUGCUCCAAUUCUGACAUCCCUGGCUGUUGCAAUGAGAUUAGUCGCCUUGGAGCAUCCCGAGCCGGCUCAGGCAGAAAUUCGCACAAAAGCGAUGGAACUAAUUAUAGAAGCUCGACGCCUUGACAGUGCCUACGGGCCUGCCAACAUAGCCUUCGCCACCGGCCUUUUCUACUGUUUCUUCAGCACCGCAAAAGUGGAGCUCAAGUUCUUGGACAAAGUGAUAGAAAACUACAAGAAAGCGUUGGAAUGCGAACUUUCUCGAACAGACCCUCAAGUUUAUAUUAAUAUGGCGACUUGUCUGAAAUUCAUGGAAAAGUACGACGAGGCGCUCGCUGUUCUACAGAAAGCCGUCGAGUAUGAUCCGAGAAAUGAGCUGGAGACGAGAGAGAAGCUCGCGAGUUUUGUGAGCUAUUUGUCGAAAUUUACUGAUGCCAUCCAAAAGAAGGGAAAAAUGAAGGCAAAGCGGAUGCAGGAGAUGAUAAAUGAGCUUAAGAAAUCGUCAGAUGGAUUUAGAGCCAAAAUUAUUGGAAAUAUCGGCCACGACGAGACUAUUCCGGUUGCCCUUGUUGGUGUCGACGCCGCCGGCGAAGUCUACGGCAUUACAAUCUACAAUUGCCUAUCUAAUUUCGGAUUUGUUAUCGGCGACACCGUGACGAUCGCGAAACCUGAUUUUCGAGAAAUCAAGAAUCUCACAAUUCCCUCCGAUCCAGAAAUCCACGUGGAUUCGGUGAAAUGGAUCCGUGUAGCAACGCCGACGCAAAUGAAGAAAAAUGGUGUUCCACUGCCGGAAAGUGUGCUCGCCAGAGCCGUAGCGUCGACUCAGACGAAAUGAGUUCGAAUGUACAUAAAUAUUUGCUGAAUUUCGCCCGAACGAUCUCUGAAAAUGAACCUUUUUUGCUUG